CGUGGCGGAAGUGACGUUCCCCUUCAGGCAAGGGAACCCGGAAGUAGGGGGAAAUUCUGUCACUGGCGGUAAAGGAAGUCCCCGGGCGGCACCGGAGCCAUGAAGCGGGACGUGCGGAUUCUCCUGCUGGGGGAGGCCCAGGUGGGGAAGACGUCUCUGAUUAUGGCUCUGGUGGGAGAAGAGUUCCCCGAUGAAGUUCCAUCUCGUGCGGAAGAAAUCACCAUUCCUGCUGACGUGACCCCAGAGCGCAUCCCGACACACAUCGUCGAUUACUCAGGUGUAGAACAGACAGAGGAUGAACUCAGGGAAGAGAUUGCAAAGGCAAACGUUGUGUGCGUUGUAUAUGAUGUUACGGAUCUAGAAACCAUUGAAAAGAUCGGUUCCAAAUGGAUUCCCAUGGUGAAUGGCAACGCGGAACGGAACUCCCGGCUUCCCAUAAUCCUAGUGGGGAACAAAUCAGACCUUCAGUGUGGCAGCUCCAUGGAAUCCAUUCUUCCUAUCAUGAACCAGUUCUCUGAGAUUGAGACCUGUGUGGAGUGUUCAGCCAAGAACCUGAAGAACAUUUCCGAGGUCUUCUACUAUGCUCAGAAGGCAGUCUUGCACCCCACAGCCCCGCUGUACGACCCGGAAGAGAAACAGCUUAGGCCACAGUGCAAAAAGGCCUUAACGCGAAUCUUCACCAUCUCUGAGCAGGACAACAAUCAAAUCCUCAGCGACGAAGAGCUGAACUUCUUCCAGCAGUCCUGCUUUGGGAACCCAUUAGCUCCUCAAGCUCUGGAAGAUGUGAAGAUGGUGGUUAAGAAGAACACAGCAGAUGGAGUACGAGAUAAUGGACUGACACUAAACGGCUUCCUGUUCCUCAACACCCUCUUCAUCCAGCGAGGCCGCCAUGAGACCACGUGGACCAUCUUAAGACGUUUUGGAUACGACGAUGCACUGGAACUGACAGAUGACUACCUCUACCCACCGCUGCGCAUUCCUCAUGAGUCCUCAACGGAACUGAACCACUUCGGCUACCAGUUCUUGCAGAAGGCAUUCGAGAAACAUGAUCUGGAUGAAGAUGGCGCUCUCAGCCCCUCAGAGCUUCAGAGUUUCUUCAGUGUCUUCCCAUACACCCCGUGGGGUCCCGAAUUAGCCAGCACCGUAUGCACUGCACAAGGGGGCUACCUGCCCCUGCACGGAUACCUCUGCCAGUGGACGUUGGUGGCUUAUCUGGAUGUCCAUCGCUGCCUGGAACACCUGGGGUACUUGGGGUACCCUAUCCUGUGUGAGCAGGAGAGCCAGACGCACGCCAUCACAGUGACGAGGGAGAAGAGCAUAGACUUGGAGAAGGGGCAGACGCAGAGAAACGUCUUCCUGUGCAGAGUCAUCGGCCCACGUGGGACGGGCAAGUCAGCCUUUCUACGGGCAUUUCUGGGGCAGAGUCUAGAGGAGCAACAGCAGAGCAACAAGCCGCCAUCGUUCUACUCUGUGAAUACAGUGCUGGUCGGCGGCCAAGAGAAGUAUCUUAUUCUGUUUGAAGUGGACGUGGACACGGAGUUCCUGAAGACGUCUGACGCUCCCUGCGACGUGGCCUGUUUGAUGUACGACGUCUCUGACUCCAAAUCCUUCAACUACUGUGCCAGCAUCUACAAGCACUAUAUGGAGAGCCAGACCCCGUGCCUGUUUGUCGGCUGUAAGUAUGACCAGGGAGAGGUGAAACAGCAGCACGGAAUUUCCCCCGCAGAAUUCUGUCACAAGCAUCGCCUGCCGCCCCCCUACCAUUUUACCUGCCAGGGCACCCCCGACAGAACCAUCUACAGCAAGCUCGCCACUGCCGCCGCCUUUCCCCAUCUACAUGACACAGAGCUCAGCACUGCCUCCUUCUGGUUGCGAGUGGCAUUGGGCGCUACCGUUGCUGCCGUCGUGGGAUUCACCCUGUACAAAGCUCUCCUGCGGAGCAAAUAGCAUCUCCAGUUAUUAACCGACCGACACCCCCCCACCUCUCUCCUUCCUGCCUCGCUAAUCACUGUGAGAGGCCGAAGAGCACAGAAAGCGCCAUUUCUGCUCCCUCACAGGAACAUGGUUUUCUUCUAACCCUAUUUCUUUCUUACUAAAAGACUAAAAAGGGGCCACAGCUGUCAUCUCAAAAAGAUCCUGUAAUUGCUCUGCGUCACCGAGAGACUGAUGGAAACCUUCCUACAGCGAUUUGUAUCUGCCUCGUCCCCUUCUCCCAGCAGAGCUGCCCCACAUAUGACCAAAGUGAAUUAACAGCAGCGGAAGUCUGUGUGUAGAUGAGGAUUUUUGUAUGUUUGUCCCGACUCCCACUAAACCAACGUUUCCCCAAACCUCUUGUGUGAAAAGAAUGCUUAUCGGGUUGCCCAAUCACAUCAGGCCUUCCAUCAUAAAAGUGCAAUAAUAUGCUGCAUGUAAAACUCCCUCUCACUGGCCGGGCUGUGGGCAGUUCCUACUCAGUAUAUGGUGCUGCUAUAUCAAGAGCAGAUAAGAGGGUUCUGAUAGAACAGCCUCCCAGCCUUGGCCGCCGCGGGGGGGGGGGGGGGUAACCACUUCAAUCCUCUCAUCAGUGUUAACAAUUCCAUUUUAUCCAACGUAUCGGCUCAUUGUGAUGCUGUUCGAGUCUCCUGGUGCCCCAGCGGCCCCCCUAGCUGACCCAUCUGCAUCUCGCGCUGUUGCAGGACACCACGUUCCUGCUGUUCUCCUACCAGCGGCGCUACGGGCAGAUGUGCCCUUGGGACCCCCGGAGCCUCCAUGAUCAAUCAUGUGCGUUUCUGUUUAGCUUUUGUAUCGUCAUAACGAUGGACUGGACACCAGGUUUUUCUGUUUUUAUCAGAUCAAUCGCAUUUCUUUUUUUCUUUUUUCGUUAUUUAUGAACUAAAGGAAGAAAAAGUGCAUCGGAAAAGCAAAGGGAGACCGUGAUUUUACUUGGUUUUUACGACAGUAAAGAAUAAAGACCUAUUUUAAUUACUUUUAA